AUGGGUAACGGUUACGGAGCUCCUCCCCCUCCAGCAACGGAUAUGGGCACCACCAACGGAUUCAAUGGAAAUGGAAACGGUAACGGAAACGGUAACGGUUACGGAGCCCCUCCUCCGCCCACCAACGGUUAUGCAGCUCCUAGGAACACCUAUGGCACGCCCAACGGCGCCUACGGAGUAGACCCUGAGAUCGCCGCUUUGGCCGAGAACAUUCCAGGGGGCGGCGUCCCCGGCGAGGACUACCCCAUCUUGGCUUCCGUGCCCGACACCGGAUUCUCCUGCGAUGACCAGGCGGUGCAAGGUUAUUACGCCGACACUGCAGCUGAAGCCGGCUGCCAGGUGUUCCAUAUCUGCCAGGACCGCGCCCUCAGGCGCCAACAGGACUCCUUCCUGUGCCCCAACGGUACCAUCUUCAACCAGCAGUACCUGGUAUGUGACUGGUGGUUCAACGUGGACUGUUCUCAAGCUGAGAGCUUCUACUCCGUCAACGAGCUCAUCGGAGUCGUUCCCGACGCCGGAUACGCCUAUGGACCCGCCACCAACGGUAACGGUAACGGUUAUGGCUCCAACGGCAACGGAAGGAAUGGAAACGGUAGGAACGGAAGCAAUGGAUACGGUUCCAACGGAAACGGAAAGAACGGAAACGGAGGCAGCAACGGCAAUGGCUACGGUGCUCCCCCUGCUCCAAGCAACGGCUACGGUGCCCCAGCUGCCCCUUCCAACUCCUAUGCAGCUCCUUUCUAAACUCGACUUACAGUCACUCCUUGUCACUUCUUGGAGACUUAAUAUAUACUCUUAGAAUCUAUUGUUCAUCUCUCUCGCUUUGCAUCUGUCGAGGUGUUUCCUACAUUACUCUGUCGACAAGAAUGUGUAA